AUGGUUAAGAAAAUUCUUUUGUUGGGAUCCGGUUUUGUUGCUAAACCAACCGUUGAUAUCUUAUCUGAACAACCAGAUAUUGAAGUUACUGUUGCUUGCAGAACCUUAUCUAAAGCUAAAGAAUUGGCUGGUGAUAAAGCGCAAGCCAUCUCUCUUGAUGUCACUAAUGCUGCUCAAUUGGAUGAGCAAGUAGCUAAACAUGAUUUAGUCAUCUCAUUAAUUCCAUACACUUAUCAUGUCAAUGUGGUUAAAUCCGCCAUUAAAAACAAAAAAAAUGUUGUCACAACUUCAUACAUUAACCCUCAAUUGAAAGCAUUAGAGAAAGAAAUUAAAGAUGCUGGUAUCACUGUUAUGAACGAAAUUGGAUUGGAUCCAGGUAUUGAUCAUUUAUAUGCUGUUAAAACUAUUGAAGAAGUUCAUAAAGCUGGUGGUAAAAUUGUAUCCUUCUUAUCUUAUUGUGGUGGAUUACCAGCACCAGAAAAUUCUGAUAAUCCAUUAGGUUAUAAAUUUUCUUGGAGUUCAAGAGGAGUUUUAUUGGCUUUAAGAAAUCAAGCUAAAUAUUGGCUCGAUGGUAAAGUCAUUGAUAUUUCUAGUGAAGAUUUGAUGGCUAGUGCUAAACCAUAUUUCAUUUAUCCAGGUUAUGCCUUGGUUUGCUAUCCAAAUAGAGAUUCCACUACUUAUAAAGAAUUAUAUAAUAUUCCAGAAGCUCAAACCGUUAUUAGAGGUACUUUGAGAUUCCAAGGUUUCCCAGAAUUCAUUAAAGUUUUCGUUGAUCUUGGAUUUUUGAAAGACGAACCAAUGGAAAUUUUCUCUAAACCAGGUCCAUGGAAUAAAGCAUUAGCUGAAUUAAUUGGUGCCAAAUCAAGUUCUGAACAAGAUAUAAUUGAUAAAAUCAAUCAAUUGACUAAAUUCAAAUCUCCAGAAGAUCAAGAAAGAAUUUUGGCUGGUUUCAGAUGGUUAGGAUUAUUUUCUGAAAAUCAAAUUACUCCAAGAGGUAAUCCAUUAGAUACUUUAUGUGCCACUUUAGAAGAAUUGAUGCAAUAUGAAAAAGGUGAACGUGAUUUGGUCAUUUUGCAACAUAAAUUCGGUAUUGAAUGGGCUAAUGGUACCAAAGAAACAAGAACUUCUACUUUGGUCGAUUACGGUGAUCCAAAUGGUUAUUCUUCAAUGGCCAAGUUGGUUGGUGUUCCUUGUGCUGUUGCCACUAAACAAAUCUUGAGCGGUGAAUUAUCCAAAAAGGGAUUGUUGGCUCCAAUGAGUUCUGAUAUUAAUGAUUCUAUCAUGAAAGAAUUAAAGGAUAAAUAUGAUAUUUAUUUAGUUGAAAAAACUAUUUAA